AACAAAUCGAACAUAGCAUGUAUUUGAAAUUAAAAACAAAUUCUAUAUUUUGGGUAAUCAUUGUGUGAAAAACAUAAUUUUAAUUAUUUCACUGAAAUAAAUACUUAGUUUUUUUUUAUAAAAAUGGAAAGUAUAAAUUUAGUUUAUGUUUUACUGCAAUUGUUGAGUUACAUGUACAUAAUUAAAAGUGAUAUUGAUGUUGAAUUAAGUAGAGUGUGGGGUCCUGGUUUAAUUCCGGAAAAAAUUGUAAUGCCUGCAAGAUAUUUUUUUGUUGAAUUGGUGGAUAUUAAUAACAGGUCCCUGAUAUCAGAAGAUAUUGAAUUAAAUGUCAUUGUCGAUGGCGGCACUAAAAUAAAUAAGCCCUGUCGAAUAUGGACCAACCUGCUUAAUAGGAAGGAUGGCAGUUACAUUGUUAGAUACAAACUAUAUGAAACUUGUUCAUACUUAAAAAUUUCUGUCACCUAUGGAAAUAAACAUUUAGGAAAAUCGCCCUAUAUUAUUAACAGUUCAGUUAAAUCAGAUAAUUGUGAGUGUCCCACACACAAACUUGUAGAUUUAAUGGAUAUGUGGGAGUGUGGGCCAGUGCCUAAGUUUAUAACUAACAAAUUAGAUGUAUUUAAAAAGAUAGAUUGGCCUAUACAGAGGAAUGAACUUAUUAAGAAGUUUGACCAACCCCAUUCUGUAAGUUUGUGUCAUUAUAUUGUGAAAAAUAACAAAAUCUAUAGAAAAUGCUAUGGAAAAUAUGUAGGUUUUAAUAUGUUUAUAGAUAAUAUAUUACUGUCUUUGACAAGGAAAGUAGUUUUACCAGAUCUUGAAUUUUUUGCUAACUUAGGAGAUUGGCCUCUGUCAACUCACAAGCUUGAAGGAAAAUAUCCAAUAUUUUCUUGGUGUGGAAGCACUGAAAGCUAUGAUAUUAUAAUGCCUACUUAUGACAUUACAGAAUCCACUUUGGAAAAUAUGGGCAGGGUCACUUUGGAUAUUCUUUCUGUACAAGGAAAUACGGAUGAACGUUGGGAAAAUAUAAUUCCAAAAUUGUUUUGGCGAGGUAGAGACUCCAAUAAAUAUCGCCUGGAGUUAAUAAAAAUAGCUAGGAAAUAUCCAGAUCUGCUAAACGCUUCCUUGACGAAUUUCUUUUUUUAUAGAGAUGAAGAAGCUAUUUAUGGACCAAAAGCUGAACAUGUUUCUUUUUUUGAAUUCUUCCGUUAUAAAUAUCAGCUGGGUAUCGACGGCACAGUGGCCCCAUAUAGAAUGCCUUAUCUAUUGGCAGGAGGUUCCUUACUUUUCAAGCCAAAGUCGAAAUACUUCGAGUAUUAUUAUUCAGAUCUAGAACCAAAUGUUCAUUACAUUCCACUUAAAGAAGACAUUUCAGAUCUUAUUGAAAAGUUAAAAUGGGCUAUUGAUAAUGAUGAAAAAGCCAAAGAAAUUGCACAAAACGGCCAAGCGUUUGCGAAUGACAAUUUAUUACCAAAAAAUAUUUUUUGUUAUCAUUUUCAUCUUUUUAACGAAUUUAGUAAAAUUAUUACUAGUAAGAUAGAUGUUUUAGAAGAUAUGGAGUUAGUGCAACAAAAGAAGGUAGAAGAGUGUGACUGCAAGAGUCCAAAAGAUGAAUUAUAAUUAUGUGAUAUAAUUUCCUAUUUUUUAGAAUCUCCCUUAGAGUAAUACUCAAUAUUGUAAAAAUUUACUUUAUUUUUUAAAAAAUAAAAUUUUAU